AUGUGUAAUUCUCUUACAGAAGUGGCUCCGAAUAUCACAGUGUCUGCAGGUUGCAAGGUCAAUUUUACCUCACAGUGUGCAGAAGACCUGUUUGACCAGAUUGAGGACAUCAGCGCUCAGGUCCUCCCAUUAGAGGUUGCAACAACAUAUAUAGGCAUGGUGCUGAACACCCAGGAGCAGCUUCUUAAACUUGAAGCAGCAAAUCCAGAAAAACUCAUGUUGUAUGGAAACGCGGUGCUGAAAACAACUGAAAAACUGGUGUCUACACUGGUGACGCCAACUGAAACCAGCUACAAUCUCAGCCUCUUUCUCAAUGGCUUAGAUCUUCAAGUCUUUGCAGUUGGACCAAAAGCUUCAAUGAAAGAAAUUCCUCAACUCAGUCUGAACAGCACUCAGAUGGAAAUUGACCUCAUCCAGAUUUCAGAGAAUAAUAAAGGAUCUGCUGCUGUGGCCUUCAUGAGCUUCGGUAACAUGAACAACAUGCUGAAGCCCAGUUUCUUCAACACAACUGAUAACGACACAGUGAAAACCAUGAUGUCCACUGUGGUGUCGGCUACGCUGCCCAAAACCAGCGACACACGACUCACCAAACCAGUUAACUUCACCAUGAAGCACAUUAAAGAAACUGACCCUCAUGGUACUCUCUCCUGUGUGUACUGGAAGAACACUGAAUGGGUUGUAGAUGGUUGUUAUCUUGUCCAGACCAACAGUACUCACACCGUGUGCUCCUGUGUUCACCUGUCUACCUUCGCUCUCAUCAUGCAGACCAAACCCUCAGCAGAAACAAAUGACCCUCAUCUGGAUCUGCUCAACACUGUACUGGUAUCAGUGGGGCUGGUGUUCCUCAGCUUGACUCUGUUGACCUUCGCUGUUUGUCGUCGACACCUGAGGAUGAACAACACUCCCAGAAUAAACCUGUGUAUCAGUCUUCUGCUGGCUCACCUGAUCUUCCUCCUCACUCAGAACUACAUACACAACAUCCAGCCUGAUCAGAUGCUCUGUGCAGUGUUAGCAGGAGUUCUGCACUUCUUCUUCCUCUCUGCUUUUGUGUGGAUGUUGAUUGAAGCCGUGCUGCUCUUCAUCUCAGUGAAGAACCUCACCAAGAUCAGAUCCAAGCAGAAGGAGGUGCUCGGCUGGAAAUGUUUGGUUAUAAUUGGAUACGUUAUUCCGCUGGUUGUGGUGGGCGUGUCUGUUGGGCUGUUUCCUGGUGGAUAUGGCAGUAAACAAUGCUGGAUUAAGAUGGACAGAGAUUUCAUGUGGAGUUUUGUGGGCCCUGUGUGUGUAAUUCUUAUAGUUAAUGUGAUCAUCUUUGCCGUCAUUAUUUUCACUCUGAGACCAGUCCUGGCAAAACUGAACAAUGAUAAUUUCCACAUCAGACAAACCAAAAGUCUUGUCUUUAAACUCCUGAUCCAGAGUGUCAUCCUCGGCUGCCCCUGGAUUCUGGGUUUUUUCACUGAGGGCAGUCGUGUAUUAGAGAUUGCCUUCCUCUUCCUCAACUCCCAGCAGGGCACCUUCAUCUUCCUGGUCUACUGUGUCCUCAACCAAGAGGUCAGAGAGCAAUACAGAAAGUGGACAAAGUCCUGUUGUGUUUCCAAGUGAUGAGCGACAACAGGCAACCAGAAGAUCCUGAAGAAACUCCACAUUCAAUUUAACUAAACUUAAGCAGGAAGAUAUUGCUGUACUGCUAAAAAAAUACAAUAUAAAUAGAUAAAAAAUAAGCUUAUAUUUUUGAAGUAACUAGUGCUCUCUACUAUCCAACGAAGACUUUCUACUAGAAAUUAUAAAAAGCCUUUACUAAAGUCCAAAAAGUGAAGGCUGAAUCACCAUCCUUACAUAACAGUUAAAACCAGGAUUUGUAUUGUUAGAUAAGAAUGUGCUACUAGAAAGAAGUACAUAAAAUCAGUACUAAAUCAGUACUAGGGGUGACAGACUGCUAUUUGUUUGAUAUUCUUUGAUCUUUACCUUUUUGUAUGCUUUAUUUACUUUGUAUUUUACAGAUUGUAAAGUAUGUUGUGACCUAACAUUAUCAUGCAUCUAUUCCAAUUAUCACUAGUUAUUCAUGUUUCUUUUAUGAUUUAUGUUUUUUGGGUUUUAAAUAUAAAUACAUUUCUGACAUAUUUAUUCAUUGACAAACCAUAAUAUCAUUUGACCCCAAGGUUAGGUAGGAUAAGACAAAGUAACCUACUGUGCAAUAGAAAAGUUCACUAUGUAAUGCAUGGCCAAUCUGUUUUACAAUCCUGCUGACUACGCCAACUGCUUCACUUCACAGCCAUCAGAAUAUAUAAUUUAGAUGAUAAAAGUCCAGUAUUGAUAGUUGCCAAUAUUUCUGAAUGGUAGUAUUA